AUGCCUCGUAUUUGUAGCAGUCAAAGAAAUAGAAGCAAUGUACCAUCUAACAACAUUGAAGAAUAUUACAAAAAAUCUAUUUUUAUACCGUACUUGGACGAUUUGAUGAUGGCAUUAAAUGAAAGAUUUAUACCUCACAAUGAAACUAUAACUUCAUUACAAUAUGUCUUACCAAAUAUUGUAGUUGAAAAACCAUUUUCUUAUUUAAAAAAAUCUGUUGAAUUUUAUGAAAAUGAUUUACCGGGGCUAAAUGACGUUAUAGAAGCAGAGUACGAAAUUUGGCAAGCUAAGUGGAAGAAUAUUGAAGACAACUUAAGGCCCACAACUGCUAUAGAGGCUUUGAGUGUCUGUGAUAAUUUUAUGUAUCCAAACAUGUAUGAAUUACUAAAAAUACUAGCUAUAAUACCAGUGUUCACCGCUACAACUGAGCGUAGCUUUUCGACGUUGAGAAGACUCAAAACGUACUUAAAAAAUACAACUUCAGAAUCUAGAAUAGUGGGACUUGCCCUUUUAGCUAUUCAUAAAGACAUUGACGUACCAGAUGACAUUUUAUUAGAUAAAUUUGCUAACAGUGGCAAAGAAAGAAAUUUAAAUUUGAUUUGA